ACCACAUACACAAAGUUGUUUCCUUUAUAACCCGAUCAUAGAUGUUUUUUUAGGAUAGUAGAGAAAUUCUAACGGCAAAUAUUUUCUUAUGACGAUUUCUUCAGGAAGACAAACACUACCCGGACUCAUUGAAUGCGACACAGGGGAUUAAUGGCUGCAGUCUGUGUGCGGAUCUGCUCUCAUUGUUUACAUUUCCAAACGGUAUGUUCCCCCUGUUUUUGAGGCUGUCAUUGGCAGAGGAUCAAACCUAACCCCGCAAUGAUGAUACAUGUCGCUGAAUCAACGUGAGAAGAUCCUUCCCGAGACAGUUUUCAGCCGAGUUGCGGUGAACUAGCCCUGUGUGCUAACUACCCCAGCUCCAUCUUUAUUGUGAUCGCCCGCUGAUACACAGAGAUGGCAAGUUAGUCUUUACCCUGAAGAAAUGACUGCGGAGGUAUAGCGUCAAGCGAGCCUCCAGGCCCAGACUAAAUCUUUCACUCGAGGAAUAUCGCAGGGUGCACAAUGUUUAGUGUAACUCAAAGCUCCAAAUCAGAGUUCCUGGACAAAGCCAGGCAGGCCAGGGAGGAGAGGAGGGGGCAGAAGGAGAAGGAGAGAGCAGCAAUCAACAUCCAAGCCCUGGUCAGGAGAUUUCUCUGUCGCUGCAGACUCCAGAAACAAAUAAGGAAAGAGGUCGAUGAAUAUUUUCAAGCCUCUGAAACUGGGACGUCAAAAAGAAAUGCCCUUUCAAUUUUCAAAAUUGCUCGGAAAUUACUGUUCAUCUAUUGCAAGGAGGAUAAGAUGAGGUUUGAGAAGCUCUGUCGGGCUAUUCUUGCCAGCAUGGAGGUUGAAAAUGAGCCCAAAGUCUGGUACGUGUCUUUGGCUCUCUCCAAAGACCUCACCAUUCCCUGGCUCAAACAGAUAAAAGAUGUGCUGUGGACCUGCUGUCAGUUACUGAAAAAUUUAAAGCCUGACAUCCUUCAGGACAACAAAUUGGUAACGCUGUACCUCACCAUGCUGGUGACUUUCACAGACACAUCCACAUGGCGGAUAGUCAGAGGGAAGGGAGAAGCUCUCAGACCUGCUUUGAUGAGGAUUUGUGAAAAUAUCAUGGGUCAUCUCAAUCAAAAGGGAUUCUAUUCCAUACUGCAGAUCUUGCUGACCAAUGGCUUGGCUCGUUCUAAACCGUCUCUCUCCAAAGGCACUCUAACAGCUAUCUUCACUUUGUCUUUAAGGCCAGUCCUUGCUGCUCACUUCUCUGAUAACCUGCUAAGAUCAUUCCUCAUUCACAUCAUGUCAGUCCCAGCAGUUGUAUCCCACCUCAACGUGCUUACUCCAGAGUGUAUGGCAUCGAUUCAGACUCAUGGCCUGCUCCGGAAGUUUAUUCUGUUUCUCAGUCGUGAGGAGCAGUGUUUAGAUAUCUGUGUGUGUCUUGAGGGAAGCCACACACUGUGCUUACUUGGUAACCUGAUUCAAUUGGGCUACCUCAAUGAGAAAGUCCUAGAAGAGGAGGCCAAUCAUUUUGUAAAGGACCUGACUGACAUGCUGUCCUACUGCCAGAGAUAUGUAUCCCAAAAGAAGUCCAACCUCACCCACUGGCACCCUGUCCUGGGCUGGUUCUCUCAGACUGUAGACUAUGGUCUGAAUGAAUCCAUGCCGCUGGUCACUAAACAACUUCAAUACCUGUGGGGUGUUUCCAUCAUUCGGACGCUCUUCAGUGACGUCCUCUCUAAAAAGCUGGAGAGUCAGGAGCCGACUCCCUCACCCCCACAACCCAGCACAUCCCAAAACAAUCUACCAGUUAAAAACCUCUUUAAGCGAGCGUUUCAGAAGUCUGCUUCUGUUCGUAACAUCUUAAAGCCAGUUGGGGGAAAGCGAGUUGACUCAGCUGAGGUUCAGAAGGUGUGCAGCAUCUGUGUGCUCUACCAGAGCGCUCUGUCUACACUGACACAAAUACGACUCCAGAUACUGACCGGUCUGACACAUCUGGAUGACCUCCUGCCCAAGCUGUGGGCCUUUAUCUGUGAGCUCGGUCCUCAGGGAGGCCUCAAACUUUUCAUGGAGUGUCUCAACAACGACACAGAAGAGUCCAAACAGCUCCUGGCUAUGCUCAUGCUCUUCUGUGACUGUUCACGGCACCUCAUCACAAUUCUGGAUGACAUCGAAGUGUAUGAAGAGCAGACGUCUUUCAAAAUAGAGGAGCUCCUCACUAUCUCCUCGUUCCUGAACACAUUUGUGUUCAAAAUGGUAUGGGAUGGCAUCUUAGAAAAUGCAAAGGGAGAGAAACUGGAGUUAUUCCACAGCGUUCAUGGCUGGCUGAUGGUGCUUUACGAACGGGACUGCAGGCGAAAAUUCACCCCUGAUGACCACUGGUUACGCAAGGACUUGAAGCCCAGCUUGUUGUUUCAAGAACUGGAGAAAGGCAAGAGAAGAGCCCAGCUGUUACUGCAGUACAUCCCGCAUGUCAUUCCACAUAAAAACAGGGUGCUGCUGUUCAGGAACAUUGUCACUAAGGAAAAAGAGAAUCUAGGAUUGGUAGAAACGAGCUCUGCCUCGCCACACGUCACCCAUAUUACCAUUCGUCGCUCACGGAUGUUAGAGGAUGGAUAUGACCAGCUGCGGCGCUUACCAGUGAAUUCUAUAAAAGGCGUCAUUCGUGUGAAGUUUGUCAACGACCUGGGAGUGGACGAGGCCGGUAUUGAUCAGGAUGGUGUCUUUAAAGAGUUUCUGGAGGAGAUCAUUAAGAAAGUGUUCAAUCCUGCUCUCAACCUGUUCAAGACUACAAGUGGAAAUGAAAGGCUGUAUCCUUCACCUACAUCCUACAUCCAUGAGAACCAUUUGCAGCUUUUUGAGUUUGUGGGGAAGAUGCUCGGGAAAGCUAUAUAUGAGGGCAUUGUUGUGGACGUUCCUUUUGCCUCCUUCUUCCUCAGUCAAGUUUUGGGUCACCACCACAGCACUUUCUACAGCUCCAUAGAUGAGCUGCCCUCGCUGGACUCUGAGUUUUACAAAAACCUCACUUCCAUUAAGCGAUAUGAUGGCGAUGUAGGGGAUCUAGGACUGACAUUAUCCUAUGAUGAAGAUGUUAUGGGGCAGCUAGUCUGUCAUGAGUUGAUACCUGGAGGGAAGACCAUGCCUGUCACUAAUGAAAACAAGAUCAGCUACAUCCACCUCAUGGCUCACUUCCGGAUGCACACACAGAUUAAGGAGCAGACCGCAGCCUUCAUCCGGGGCUUCCGCAGCAUCAUCAACCCAGAGUGGUUGCACAUGUUUUCCACACCUGAGGUCCAGCGUCUUGUCUCAGGAGACAAUGCUGAGAUUGACUUAGAUGACCUCAAGAAACACACAGUCUACUAUGGAGGUUUUCACAGCAGCCAUCGUGUCAUCAUCUGGCUGUGGGACAUCUUGUCCAGUGACUUCAAUGCUGAGGAGAGGGCUAUGUUCCUUAAAUUUGUUACCAGCUGCUCAAGGCCUCCUCUUCUAGGUUUCGCCUACCUCAAACCACCUUUCUCCAUCCGUUGUGUGGAAGUUUCAGAUGAUCAGGACACUGGAGACACCCUUGGCAGUGUCCUCAGGGGCUUUUUCACUAUCCGCAAGAAGGAGCCUGGCGGUCGACUUCCCACUUCAUCUACGUGCUUCAACUUGCUCAAGCUGCCCAACUACAGCAAGAAGAGCAUCUUGCGUGACAAGCUGCGCUAUGCUAUCAGUAUGAACACAGGCUUUGAGCUCUCCUAACGCAGUUGCAAAUGGACAAUCUGCACAGCAGGAGCCUAUGUGUACUUGGACUGCCAUGUCUGAAGGGCAUCAACAAAACAUAAGAGGAACGUACAAACUCUCCUUUUGUCUCUUUUUAAAACUAGAUGCUCUACUGCAGCCCACUCCCUCACAUCAAAGGGGAUGCUGUUUUUGCAUCACAAUCUAAUUUUUAGCAUCUCUCUUUGGCCACUCCCAAAAUCCAAUAUGUUAUGUAUUUAACUUGAUGAAAUACAGAUACACAGUGGCUAGAUCUCUGUUUCUCAGGCUUAACAGAAUCAUUCUUGGAUCUAACACUCCUGUUUUAAGUGAACUGGAAAGCAAUACAGAUGCAAUGCAAGCCAUUAGACACAUGGGUUGACUCACUCGAGUGAAACCAAGCGAUGCGUUGUUAAUAUACUAAGUUUGGACUCCAUUAUCCAAGCAACUUUCAGCUGAUAUUGGAUGGGUCUUAAAAUGUUUUGCUGAACAUAAUGCAUCUUUUCUAAAUGGAAGACAAAUCAAUGUCUUGUGUUCAGCCUCCAUGAAGGAGGUGUUGAUUACAUUAUGUCCCAUUUCGAGGAGAAUCCUGUCGACUUCUUUCCAUUUCUCCCCCACUUAAAGACACUGCAGUCACCCGAGAGACACCUUCUGGUUUUUAUGGUAUAUCUGAAACAUUUAAGCUCUGCCUCACUUGUAGUGAAGCAGCAAAGAAUUUCUUGACACGAACAAAAAAAAUCUGGUCAUGCUGUUGUUUGAUCUAGAAAAGAUGUCAUUGCUCUAGCAUCUUUUACCUUUUGAGGAACUGGAAAUGUUUUGUCACUACUUGUGUCUGCACAGUGGAGCAGACAUGGGUAUUCAUGUCACAAGUCUGUUUGACCUCCAUUUCUAAAAAAAAAAGAAAAGUAAAUCAAUCAAUGAUGUUAAUCUUUGUAUUUAAUACUAGUAAAACUCUCACUACACCUUUUAAAUAACGCUGAGUGCCUCAUGCAUCCCUCCCCCCGCCCUCCCUGCUACCACAUGUCUGACUGUAUAUCAACUGUAACAACCACGUAUAUUGGAAACAAGCCAUAGAAGUGGGAGCUGGACUUAUUCUCUGCUCCUGCCAAGAAGACAGAAACCCAACCACUGUACUACCACUACAUCAACCAAGGAGGGUUUUUACAAAGAUACUCUCUGAUCUCUGUAGACUUUUUAAGCCAUGUGGAAAAGAAUGAGUUUUUUUGUUUGUUUUUAAAAAAUCCUCUCAACAUGAUGUCAUGGACUGGUUCGUCAACCAAAUUUGACUGCUUGAUUUGAAGUUCCCCUUGGAUGGAAAUUUUGCACACGUUUCUGCUGUUAAGGGGGAAAGGGACAUGAGGGUGAAUGUUACCUUAUAAGCCUAAGUAUUACUUUACACAGGGUUCAAUUCUGUCAUGGAGUAACUGAAGAGACAUUUUAGUCAUUUAACAAAGACUACAACUUUCAAAGAAAGGGUUAAAAUAAAUCUUUAUCAAGUUCUUUAUUAUGCAAAAAAAUGUUUUCUCUCAUGAAUGAGUACGGAUAAUUGUAUUAUUAUGUACCACCGGCGAUAGGACACGCAGGUCAUUAAUACCAUGUUUCUAACCAGUAUUACCAUUGGCCACUAACUUGUGUGAAAACAACAAAAUACAUGAUUAUAAUUUAAAUGCAACAGUUCUAUAUAAAUAACACUGGUUGUAUUGAAUUUACCCACAGUCUACUAAUGAGGUUAAACUACUAUUCUUUGACAAAUCAGUCAGGAGUUGCUUCAGCUCUCCUUUUUAAUCAGAGACUCUGCAGGAUGGAUUUUAGCGUCGUGUGCAGGGAGAGAUGAAUGAUACCUCACAAGAUUGUCUGUCUCCUGCGUGUGAUGAGGUCCCUCAUCAGUUUUAAAUGAUGUCAGAGUAUAGGCUAAAUGUACCAGUUGACUGCUGAUGCUGACUUUGAAAAUAAACUCUUUUAGUAUAAAAAUAAAAUAAAAUAAAAAUGAUCCUGCAGAUGUUGUCACCCUUCAUGUGAACCUUCUGUCAUUUAUCUCUUUUUUAAGUGUUAUCAAAGUGGUUCUCAAACUGACAGACACCAUCUCAUAAGAGUUUGGCUUUUAGAUGUUUUAUUACAUUAAGUGUUUGAAACCCAUGACCAAAAUAGUCAUAGAUUCUGUCAUUGUGUUACUUAUGGAUUGUAU